GUGUCGCGUUAUCUCCUAUGCUGAUGCUGAUUGAAAAGAACUCGGAUACUUUUUGGGUGCAAAUAUAUUGAAAUAAAUAUUAAAAGCCUUGACAGUACUCAAUUGCCCGACGACGCGUGCCUGUGUGCAAUUAAUUUAAAUCCAUCGAGGGGUACAAUAAUUCUCAACAGUUUUUGUGUGUCAGUGCCAAAGCUAUAGAUCGAUCGAUCCGAUCGUUGUCUGACCAAGAAAAUAACACCAGCAGCUCGACGGAGUGGGAACGUUCAACGGCACCAGGAUGAUACCGAUACUCGAGAAACUGAGCGGGUUCUAUAAUUCCUAUGUUCUGGCCGUACUCACCAUCGGCUACAUUCUCGGUGAGCUGGGUCACUAUCUCAUUGGGGUCACCUCCAAGCAAACGGCAAUUGAGUUGGACUAUGGCGAUCAUGCUUGUCAGCAAAACACAUCGAUGUUUAAUCGCCAUGAACUACCCACUCAGUGCUCGGCUGUGGGGAACGAAAGUAGCUGCUAUGCCCUGGACUUCAAUGGCACCGGGUACUGCGAGUGGAACUACAAUGGUCUGGGAAUCGACUACCAGAUCCUAGCCGGACCCACCUUCAUCCUAAUCUUUACCAUCGCGGGCGUGUUCAUGGGCUUUGCAGCCGACAAGUACAAUCGCGUCAAGAUGCUGACCGUAUGCACGGUGAUCUUUGGCAUUGCCAUGAUCCUCCAGGGAACUGUCAAGGAGUACUGGCAGCUGGUCCUUUUGCGUAUGGUAAUGGCAGCUGGCGAGUCGGGUUGCAAUCCCCUGGCUACGGGCAUCAUGUCCGACAUCUUUCCGGAGGAUAAAAGAGCUCUGGUCAUGGCCAUUUUUAAUUGGGGCAUCUAUGGAGGCUACGGUAUUGCUUUUCCUGUGGGCCGCUACAUCACCAAGCUGAAUUUCUGGAACCUGGGAUGGCGUGUUUGCUAUUUGGGCGCCGGUGUGUUAACGGUGAUCAUGGCUGCCUUGACAGGAACUACCCUACGUGAGCCAGAGCGCAAGGCCAUUGGCGAGGGUGACCGACAGACGUCAAGCGGCAAACCAGUGAGCCUGUGGCAGGUAAUCAAAAGUCCAGCCAUGAUCAUGCUGAUGAUAGCCGCCUCCAUUCGUCAUUGCGGUGGAAUGACUUUUGCAUAUAACGCCGAUCUCUACUACAACACAUACUUUCCCGAUGUUGACUUGGGCUGGUGGCUCUUUGGUGUUACCAUUGGCAUUGGCAGCGUGGGUGUGGUUGUAGGUGGCAUUGUGUCUGACAAGAUUGUUGCCAAGAUGGGCAUUCGGUCACGUGCAUUUGUACUGGCUGUCAGCCAGCUGAUUGCCACGCUGCCUGCCUUCGGUUCGGUCUACUUCGAUCCGCUGUGGGCUAUGAUCACGCUGGGUCUGAGCUACUUCUUUGCCGAGAUGUGGUUCGGCAUUGUGUUCGCCAUUGUUGUGGAAAUUGUCCCACUGCGCGUUCGGUCGUCGACCAUUGGAGUCUUCCUGUUCGUGAUGAACAAUAUCGGAGGCAAUCUGCCCAUUCUGGUUGAUCCCGUUGCGAAGGUCCUGGGCUAUCGCGGAUCAAUCAUGAUUUUCUAUGCUGGAUUUUAUGGCAUCAGUUCCAUUCUCUUCUUUAUCACGUGCUUCCUGCUGGAAGGCAAAUCAGAUGAGGCAGAGGAGCCGGAAUCACCGAAAAGCCAUCCAGACGCAGUCCUUAAUGCCCGCCAUAUGCACGGGCACGACAACUCCGUCUUCUCCGUGGACGAGACCCUGCCAUCUAACGGACGUCCCGUCCAGUUGCCCCAGCAUCUGCAAAUGUCUAGCAACGGCUACGAAAAGUCUCAGAUUUCUCCGCCGCGACUGAACGGCGCAGAGAGCAGUAGACUAUAGUUUAGCUUAAAACCCGGAACGUUUUUUUUUUAUUAACUACUAUUAUGGAAUUAUUAUUUUAGGGCGUUUUAACGCUUGUUUUAAGUUCGGCUCACUGGCUAAAAUCAACGUACAACAGAAAAGUCUUCUUUGCAAAGGAUACAAAUUACAACAUAUACAAUAAAUAUUAUAACAAUAUUAUGUUGUUCCUUUGACAACCAUUGGAUUGCUUAUGUACAUACAUAUACGGUUGUACUUUAUCCACAAAGAAAUGUAGUUUGCCAGCCGAACUUAAAGCAGGUAUCCUUAUACCUUUACAAAUAGUCCUAAGCGAGGGGUGAGGUUCCCUCAACACUGUAUUUUUAUCGCUAUUAAUUUGUACUUAAUUCGGCAACCGAUGACAAAUGUACAUCCUUAAUAAAGUGCUGUUUUGUUAAAA